UUAAAAAAGUGCUGAAUAUAGAUGUGCUGUUUUGCUGAGUGUGCACGACCACCGCCGCUGCCAUGCCGUUACCCGCCGCGCUUGUGUUGCCGCUUUUCCCGGUGUUCGCCGCUGCCGCUGCCGCUGUCCUGCUCAGCCGAACUCACAGCCGUUUAAAGGGCAGCAGGCUGGUAGUGCUGAAUCAUCACGAUCCAGUCGUCAUCCAGACCCGCACAUGCUGUUCCGAGACCGGGUCGUUUCACGCGGAACAGCCACGCUAACCGACCAACCGGUGAUUUCAUAAUAACACAGACAAAGGGGGUGUACGUUGCGUACGGCUGUCAAGCUUAAAAAAGAAGCCAUGUGUCGGAAUUAGAGGACCGUGCGGUGCGGGGAGUACGAGAGCGAGUCGGCUGUCUGUGGCGCUGGUAUGGCCGGGGAUUCCCUCGUUUUACGGCCACUAAAUGGCUAGAUAUUCAGAAAGGUGAGAGUAAAGAGAGCUAGGGAACAAACCUGAACACAGAGUAACAACUUAGGGCAGCGGAAACCCUCGAAAACAACACACAACCUCAACGCUAGCUUCCCCGGCUGUCCUCUCCUCGGGGUGCUGAAGCGGCAGCGGCGGACACAGACCCAAAGCCUCCCGCUGUCGCUUCACAAACUGACUUCGUCUGUUGCUCCCUCACAGGUCCGUUCAGAAGAGCAAGGCUCUUGUGGCAUGACGACGACUAACAAAGGAAAUAAAGCCUUGAAGGUGAAGCGUGAGCCGGGGGAGAAUGGCACCAGCCUCACAGACGAGGAGCUGGUGACCAUGUCAGUGCGGGAGCUGAACCAGCACCUCAGAGGGCUCACCAAAGAUGAGAUCCUGCAAUUGAAACAACGGCGGCGCACCCUGAAGAACCGGGGCUACGCCGCCAGCUGCCGGGUGAAGCGAGUCACCCAGAAGGAGGAGCUGGAGAAGCAGAAGGCCCAGCUGCAGCAGGAGGUGGACAAACUGGCCAAUGAGAAUGCUUCGAUGCGGGUUGAGCUGGACGCUCUGAGGUCUAAGUACGAGGCGUUACAGACCUUCGCCAGGACUGUGGCACGGAGCCCCACUGUCGGGGUCGGGGUGAGGGCUGGAGGGGGAGGAGGAGGGGGAGGGGUGGCGUCAUCAGUCAUUGGCCCGCUCAUACCAGGGAAGAUGGCAACAGCGACCAGCGUGAUUACAAUAGUGAAGUCAAAAACAGAUGCACGGUCUUGAGGGAGGGAAAGAUAGAUGAGGGCGUGUCGGGAUGGAGCUCAGCUGCGACAGAGUAAUUCUUCUUCUCUGCUGGCCACCUUUCCUCCACCUGCACUGACGUCAAACAGCUGGGCAGUCUCGAUCACAUAGCCUCAGCACGUUCCCAUCAACUGUCUCAGAGCAGUGCAGGUGAAGGAAAGGCUGGAAGCAGAGUGAGAUUAUUGAGACUAUAAAGAUGCAAGUCCUUGGUCAGCGCAUGAUCAUUUAGCACAGGACAGAUACACAGGGUUCCUACGGUCACUGAAAGCCUGGAAAAGUCAAAGAAUUUGUUUUAUUCCAGGCCAGGGGGGGAAUGUAAUUGCCAAAACACUUGGGAAAAAUCAUGCAAUUUUGUUCAGUUGCCAUUCGUGUCAGUCAAAGUGUUCAGUGUCAGGUUUUACCACUGGUAGAUCUAGAUAUCUGUAAGUGCAUAAUAAUCCCAUCACACAUUUGCACACUAGACUUGAAGCAGACGUUUGCCUGAACCGAGAUUUGCUACACCAGAAAAAAUAUUCCAAAACAUGCGUUACAUAGAAUCAGAAAUUGAUAUAAAGGGUUCCAAAAUAACACACAAGAUUUCACGUGACCUGCUGAUUUCAGUGGCUGAAGAGAAGUCCGUCAUGCUCCACCUAGCCAAGAACCUUUUCAGAAAAGUACUAUAGAAAAAUAUAUAUUACACAAUGGUGGUAACUGUAUUUCUACUGUUUUGUACUGUGUUGUCAUUCACAUGAGGUCCAAAGUGUAUUCUUUGUGUGUCGAUUGUUAUAUAUCAGGAAUUCUGUGAAAUUCUGUGGCGCGUGUUCGUUUUGGUAUUGCUAUAUUUAGUUAGCUGUAUUUUUUCUACAGUCUCUUCACUUUCUAUGUCCAGCUCUCUAGCUCUUACCUAUUCUUUCUCUGUCCUUCCAUUUUUCAAUUCCAACUGGUUUCCAUCAUAACACACAGUACUUCCUGGAUCUAGCAGACAGAGGGGUUAGAAAGGAAAAGAAAAAAAAAACCCACAACAUACUAUAGAGGAAAGGAGAUAUAGUUACUAAAAGUCACCGACUUUAUCUCGGUUUGUAGGAUUUUUCAGGGAAACGGUCGUUUAAACACCAGAGCUCAAGGUCUGUGUGUUUGAGCUCCUGUCAAAAAGUAUAUAGAAGAAAAUCGGAAGGGCAAGUGCCUUGGUCUCCUAAUGAUAUGCAUCAAGACGAAGUCAAGAGGAAUUGUGGAAGGACGGUGGAGAUUCAAUGCAGGUGUUUGCUUAUACCUGUGCUUAAUGUGAAACACUGACCAAUCAGGAAUCAGGUUGUGACAGCAUUUAACUCUGGCUGUGCGUUGUUGUAUGAGUUGUGUAGUAGCAGGAUUAUUAAUAUGAAUAACACCCAUUUAUGUGACUCGGCAGUUCAUUAAAAAUGCUUUUUUGAAAGUUGCUGAUCUGUUUUGAGUACAAGUCCUGUUUAUGUGGAGUACUUGGUUUGCAUGUUUAUGAUUUUGAUUGGCUCCUGACUCUGAAAUCUAGGUUAUUACACCUACAGCAACAAUCUUGCCUCAAAUCAAAGUGGUUUUUGUUGCAUUCCUCUUUGUUUUUAACCACAAAGCUCACUUUGCAAGUGCAAGUGUGAUUACCGACAAUGCAGCCAACCAGCAAGGACAGCAAAGAUACUUCUCUGAAUUCCCAGUCACACAAAUGGGAUGUCAUUUCACACGAGUUUUCCCAUAAACAGUAGUCUUACGUGGUGUUCUAUACUCCAAGAAUCUGUGUCUAUGUAUGGUAGAGUCUGGAAUUUUAUAAAGACAAUUAUCUUUGCAUUGUUUGUAACGACCUGUUGAAAAAAAAAAAAAAAAAAAAAAGGUAUAACAAAAUCUGUUUGAUAUACAGUAUCUCUCUAUUUUGCAAUUGUACCAAAAGUGGCUUAACUACUGAAUAGCUUUGUUCUUUCUCUAGUGACUAGGCACGUGUGUGUAACCGUGUAACUAGCGUGUGGUGUGCCGUGUAGGUAUGUGACGAGGUAACUAUAACGUUCACUAUUUCAUGGAUAUGACUUUGAUCCUUGUUUGAUUUCAGGCCGAAGCGGGUGAUGACACUGUGGGUAACUGCACUCUUUCUCUAAUCAUAAGAUCUAUGUCCUCCCGGCCCCGUCGUUCAGCUCCAGCACUGCAGAACGUGUUAGAUCAUUUGUUUAUCUGCUCACAAUCUGCAGUCAUCAUUUGUACAUUUUAGCUUCACUUUAGCCGACCCAUUCCUUCCAUUUUUGAACCCGUCUCUGGCUGUAAUUUGGUUCUCGCAGUCUUGAGAGCUAGUAAUAGCAGAUAAAAUGACCACUGAGAUGAGGAAGUGUUCUGGUUAACCUCAUAAGCUUCGUGAUAUUGUGUAUUCAGGUCAUCUGGCAACAUAACAGACAUAGGAAACUCAACAUCAGGCCUAUAUGGCUGCAUCACCCCUACUCCUUCAAUAAGUUAUUUUUGUAGUGUGUGAUAAAACUAUUUGUUUUUGCUGUGUACAUUUUAUAUAGUUCUGUACAUAUAAUGUUCCUGUUUUGUUUGUUUUUGAAUUGUUCUGUAAGUGUCAGGGAAGUGAAACAAAUUUGUUAAUGUAUUUGGUGUUUUAUGAAGUGAAAAAAAAGUGUAUUCUGCUAUUUAAUGGUUUGUCAAAGAGUUAGGUUUACUUUACAAAGAACAAUUGCCUCAAAUUGUUUUUUUAACUGAUGAAAACCUGAUUUAAAUCAUUUAACAAAAGCAAUUUACAUUAUUAAAAAAAAACCAGUACAUACAUGCAGCCUUUUACCUGAACCGCUACUUUUCCACUGUGAAGAAAAAGGGGUUAACUAGCCUACUGCUGUGCAGUUAUUAAGAUUAGCGAGGUAUGUCUGUGUCUGUACCCUACAUUAGUAUAAAGUCAAACAGAUGAACAAUGAGCAAAGGCAUUGGAAGGGAAAUGGGUUUGAAAAAUAUUAUUUCUCCAUAAUCUUUACUCUUUUUUAUUUCGUUCAGUCAUAGUGAAAUCAGAGAGCGACAAAUGUCAAAUGAAAUUUUUUUAAACGUCUCAUUAUCACAUGGUAUUCAGCUACAAGCAAAUACAGGUAUCACUCUGUGUAUUUAAGUAUGUGCUCUGUAUUUGUUUUUAAAAAUGUGUCCUGUUUUGUGCGGUCACAUUUGAUUUUCUACUGUAUUUUUUCCUUACAUUAUUUCUCUCUGUCGCCCUGUUGCUUCCUGUCUGUCUUUUCAUUUGCUUGUUGAAUAAUGUUUUUUAUUUUUGCUGGCAAGUCCUGUGUGGUGCGUGUGGUCACGAUGGUGUAAAAUAGGAAGAAACGCGACGCAAAAGCAAAAUAAGAAACUCCCCGGUGCUCGUCAAAGUGUACAUACUGUAUAUGUGCUGUUGUCAAACAAUAUGUCUCCACCCAGUCUGUAUUCGUAUGCUCCUCCUGUCCACAAAGGAUGCAUACUGUGUAAGUGUACAUGGUGGCCGCUGUUUAAUAGACAUCUCUAAUUAUGCAAACUGUGUAGGGCAAAAUUAGACCUACUGCAACACAGGAGCAGUGAUGCUUUCGUAGUCGUCGUGUCAAGUUGUCUGUUUUAUAAUUGCAAGGUACCUGUGUAAUGUGACGAGGUUUAAGAGCUUAUAUACAGAGUGUUUAGUAUAUGUGGUUAAUAACGGCAGUACCAGUUUGUCUCUGUUUAAAUUGCUUUCCCAGAGUGCCACUUAACAAUUAACUGUGAAAACAUGAAAUCAUCAGAAAGGUUUGAUCCAAGAAAGUAAAAUCUACCGUAGCUGCAGUCAGACUAAUGAAUAUCAUUAUUCUUGUCUUCCAGACUCGAAUAUCUCGUGGUUUGUUGUAUUUCUUCCACGUGAAGCAGUGUGUCAGGUCAGGGUGUCAGAGGUGAAACGUCACUGAAGUUUCUUCCUAGUUUUCACUCAGCAGACCUGAUCAGCUGACAGCUACUGACCUUUAGUGAUGAUCAGACGGGGCAGCUUGGUGGCUUUUCAUAACAGAGUUUAUGAGCUUGUAAGACACGCUGACCUUAUUUCCCGCUGCCUGUACAGGGGUCAUACCCUCCUUAUGAAAAGACAUUUCAUCACAAACCCAAGCAACAGCUCCUAAAGCGCAUCUAUAAAUAUUUUACAGAGGCAGAAAGGAGUGGUGGAGACACAUCUGAUAAGACCAUUUCCCACUCCACUUAUCCCAUCCCCUUUUUACAAAGUGUUAGCGAGUUAACUCAGCAGGCUCCAGAGCCCUUCUUCAAAGCAUCCGAUUCUUCUGGAAGAUGCAAAUCAUUAACUCCUUAUCUUGCUGCUUGGCCAAUCGGUAUGUAGUCAUUCGGUUGUUUUCCCGUCUAGUGAAUCACGCCACCGGACUCUAAAAGCCCUUUCACCCACCUCCAAUGCCGAUCGAUGAGAGUAAAUGAAGCGAGGAUUCCUUUGAUCGUUUGUUUGGUGUUUUCAUCAAUAAUAAUGUUUGUUUUGUACCCUCUUCUGCUGCUCUCUCUCACUCUCUCUGCUGCCCUUAUCAGUUGCACAGCCUCUAACAUGAAUUCUUACCCAGAGUUUAGGUAUCACAUCACGUUAACUUAUAUUUAGUUUUUUCUUGUAACAGUCUCUUGCUUUGAUUUUACUCCUGGUACCAUGCUUGUUUUGUUUUUUCUCCCAUCAAACCACAUGUGUCUACUGGUGAGCGUUUGGCCAGGGUAAUCAUGGGGAUAUUUUUGUGUUUCUAAAAGUAUACAAUGGUCAGUUUAAAGCUAUAGAGAAGUAGUGACUUGUGUGAAUAUGGCAAAGCCUAUUCAGAAAAGCCCUUGUAAUAGGAAAUUCUGUGUUUUGUAAUAUUUCUGUAUGGGGUGUAAUAAAUUAUUCUACGACAGUACUUUCUAUGGGAAAAUACUUAAAAUGUGACAGUCUUUGUAAGUAUUUAUCUUCAACUAAAUUAUUGUACUUUCUUUUGCAAUUUGUAGAUACGUAAGUGAUGAUGACAAGGUAUUGGUAAUCAUGAAAUUAACUGUUUCAUCAUCGGUCUGAUGCAUCUUUUAAUUUAUUGAUGUAUAUACUGUAUGUUUGUUGAUAAACAGCUUACUUUAUUUUGUAUAUGACCAAUAAACAUGUUUUGAA